AUGCCCACCUAUGCAGUCCUUGGCGCAACCGGAAACACAGGUCAAUCGCUUCUCCAAGUUCUCACCCAAAACCCCUCGAAUAAGAUACACGCCUACUGUCGCUCCAAAUCAAAGCUUGAGCGGCUCCAACCCGACAUUGUCGCGUGUCCAGACAUCCAGGUGUUUGAAGGCAAUCUCGACAAUACGGAAGUGAUACGCGACUGCAUCAAAGACACCCACGCCGUCUUCCUCGCCGUAGCAGUCAGUGGAAACGUCCCCGGCAACACAAUCGCCCAAGACACUGCUCAUGUUGUCCUUCAAGCACUUCGAGAACUCCGCGAUACCAACACCGAGGCAAAACUGCCAAAACUGAUCGUGCUAUCUGCUGUGCCCACUGAGUCUGCCUUUGCCGCAAAGAUGCCUGCACUUGCUCUGGCUCUUCUCUUCCGAGCAGAGUCAAACAUCUACAAUGAUUUGAUCGCUGCCGAGAUACUGCUUCGUGAAGAGCAGAAUUGGCUAUCAGUGACCUUUGUUAAGCCGGGUGCUUUGACCGUCGAUACGCAAAAGGGACAUCAGUUGACCUUGGAGGGAGCGAAAGGCGUCGUGUCAUUUCUUGACUUGGCUGCAGCUAUGGUGGAGGUGGCAGAUAGUGGAGAUGUGUAUGAUUGGAAAGCUGUCUCUGUCAACCCUACGGCCAAUGAUGUGGCUUUCCCAUGGCAGAACAUUCCUUUGCUGGUCAAAGGCUUGAUCUAUCAUUUCUUUCCUUUUGCAUAUCAAUGGCUUGGUUGA